GUGCUCCGAGCAGCACUAUUGAGCCCUCCGCGUGCGCCUCCGUCGCCAUCAUGCUGCUCCACGUCGUCGGCGGUCUCCUCAUGUUAAGCGUGCGCACAACAACAUUCACGCUGCGGCCGUCGAAGCUCCCGACGACCGCCUGCCGCGCGGCGGCGACCAGCGACACAGACACGCCGCAGCGCAAGGUCGCGCUCCUCGUGGAGCCGACGCCGUUCACGCACGUGAGCGGCUACGCGAACCGCUUCCAGGAGAUGCUCAAGCACCUCGAGCGCCGCGGCGACGUCGUGGCCGUCGCGACGCCCGACGACGUGCCCGAGGCGCCCGCGUCCUUUGGCAAAUUCGCCGUGACGACGCUCGGCGGCUUCCGCUUCCGGCCCUGGUACCCGGAGAUCUGCCUGAGUCUGGAUCUGGACGGCGCGGCGCUCCAGAUGAUCCGGGACCUGGACCCGGACGUCGUGCACGCGUCGAGCCCGGGCUUCCUCGCCGUCGCGGCGCUACGCAGGGCAGGACAAGGGGCGGAGCGCAAGCCGUUAUUACUCUCCUACCACACGCACAUCCCCGUCUACGUGCGCAAGUACGCGUCGUGGGUGCCGUUCAUCGAAAAGACGACGUGGGCGCUGCUCCGCGCGGUGCACAACCGCGCGGACCUGACCAUCGCGACGAGCCCGCAGAUCCGCGACGAGCUCCUGGCCAACGGCAUCGAGCGCGUCGGCGUCUGGAACAAGGGCAUCGACACGGACCGCUUCCACCCCAAGUUCCGGUCCGACGCCGCGCGCGCGAGGAUGACGUCCGGCCACCCCGGGGACAAGCUCGCGGUCUACGUGGGCCGCCUCGGCGUCGAGAAGCGCAUCGACGAGCUCCGGGGCGUGCUCGAGGCCAUCCCGGAGCUGCGCCUCGCGCUCGUCGGCGCCGGGCCCGCGGAGCCCGGCCUCCGCGAGACCUUCGCGGACGUGGCGGACCGCGUCGUCUUCACGGGCCUCCUCCGGGGCGACGAGCUCUCGGCGGCCUUCGCGAGCGCGGACGUCUUCCUCAUGCCCAGCGACUCGGAGACGCUCGGCUUCGUCGUCCUCGAGUCCAUGGCGUCGGGCGUGCCCGUCGUCGGCUGCCGCGCGGGCGGCAUCCCGAACCUCAUCGACGACGGCGCGACGGGCCGCCUCCACGCCGUCGGCGACGUCGCCGAGAUCGCCGAGCUCACGCGGGGCCUGCUGGACGACGCGCCGAAGCGCGACGCCAUGGGCGCGGCCGCGCGCGCGGAGGCGGAGCGCUGGGACUGGGCCUCGAGCGGCGAGACGCUCCGCGCGGACUCGUACGGCGCGGCCAUCCGCAACUUCGCCGCGCGCGACGACUAG